CACUAUAAAUAGGCUGACACAGGGACAGUCUUCAAACUACCUUAGCAUUGUUCUCAAUGUACUUUUAGCUUCAUCUGCAGAGAUGAACCUGCUUGUCUGCAUUAUAACGCUGGGCAUCUGUGUGAUGCAGGCCCAUUCAAACCCAUCAAGUCUGGGUCGUCCCUAUCUUAUGGAGUGCUUUGAAGAGGCCAAAAAACUGGUGGAUGAUGCUUACAAGUACUCGCGAGAUGAGAGUCUGAGCAGGGUUCGCAGAGAGGUCGUCUCUCCGGCGGACAUCCUGCGCCUCAUGCAGCAGCCGCGUGGAGCCUCCCGCUCGGCCGUGCGCUCGGCCGACUACAUGGACCAGACCCUGCGCCUGCUGCACGACCGCGUCCACCGCGUGCACAAACGCUCACUCAACGCCACAGAUCUGCUCCCUCGUGAAGACCUGGAGGUUCUCUCCAAGAUCUCUGGAUGUGCAGCCAGGGUCAGCGAUCCGCCCUGCCGCACCAUUCAGAACCUGGACAAAUACAGGACAGCCACCAGCGUCUGCAACAACAUGGUGAGUCCUCGCCUGGGGGCCUCCAACACCCCCUUCAAGCGCUGGCUCCCCGCUCAGUACGACGAGGGCGUCGCCUUGCCCAUCGGCUGGGAGAGAAACCGCCGCUUCAACAACUUCGUUCUCCCUCUGGUCAGAGAGGUGUCCAACCACAUCCUGGCGACGCCAGACGUCGGCGUGGUCAACGACACUGAAUUUUCCCACAUGACGACCCUGUUCGGCCAGUGGAACGCCCACGACCUCACCUUCACCCCCUUCUCCCCCAGCAUCCGCUCCUUCAGCAACGGCCUCAACUGUGACGAGAGCUGCGAGCGCUCUGAGCCCUGCUUCCCCAUUCAGAUCCCCCGCGACGACCCCCGUUUGCCAACUGGCCCGGACAGCUGCAUCCCGUUCUUCCGAUCGGCGGCCGUAUGUGGAACCGGAAAUUCGGCAUUCAAUUUUGGCGGCGUGGCGAACAAGCGGGAGCAGAUCAACACCAAGACGGCGUUCCUGGACCUGGACCAGGUGUACGGCUCGGAGGAGCAGCUGGCGAAGGACCUCCGCGACCUCACGACCGAUGCGGGCCUCCUGCGCGUCAACGACAAGUUCAGGGACAACGGCCGGGAGCUGCUGCCGUUCAGCCCCCUGCUGACCAAAAUGUGCGCUACACGCCAGAGAGUCACAGACAACAGAAAAGCCCAGGAGGUGCCCUGUUUCCUUUCAGGUGAUGUUCGUGUCGAUGACAACAUUGCCCUGACGUCCCUCCACACCCUGUUCAUGCGAGAACACAACCGUCUGGCGCGUGAACUCAAGAAGCUAAACCCGCAGUGGGACGGUGAAACCCUCUACCAAGAGGCUCGUAAAAUCAUGGGCGCGUACACUCAGGUGUUGGUUUUCAGGGACUACCUGCCCCACAUCGUGGGUGACGUGGCCAUGUCCAGAGUGCUGGGCUGCUACCCAGGCUACAACCCCAACGUGGACCCCAGCAUCGCCAAUGUGUUCGCCACCGCCGCCUACCGCUUUGCCCACCUCACCAUCCAGCCCUUCCUAGCUCGCCUCGACCAAAACUACCGGGAGAACGCCCACAUCCCCAACGUGCCGCUCUUCAAGGCCUUCUUCACCCCCUGGAGGAUCGUAUUCGAAGGCGGAAUCGACCCCCUGAUCCGAGGUCUUGCGGGCCGUCCUGCCAAACUGAACGCUAAGAAACCCGUGAUGGUGAACGCGUUGCGGGAGAGGCUUUUCCAGUUUGUCAUGCACCUGGCUCUGGACCUUGGGUCACUCAACAUGCAGAGGGGCCGGGACCACGCCAUCCCUGGCUACAACGCGUGGCGCAAGUUCUGUGGGCUGUCCCAGCCCGGCAACCAGGCAGAGCUGGCUCGGGUCCUUAACAACGCGGGCCUGGCGACAAGGCUCCUGCAGCUGUAUGGAACACCAAGCAACAUCGACGUGUGGCUGGGAGGCGUGGCAGAACCCUUGGUCCAGGGUGGCCGUGUGGGCCCUCUGUUCGCCUGCCUCAUCGCCUACCAGUUCAAGAACAUCCGCCAGGGAGACAGGUUGUGGUACGAGAAUCCGGGCGUGUUCAGCCCCAGCCAGAGGAAUGUGCUGCGCACUGCCUCCCUGGCCAGGAUCAUCUGCGACAACACGGGCAUCUCCGGCGUCCCCCUGGACCCCUUCAGCCUCCUCAGCCAUAGAAACCAUCUGGUCAGCUGCUCCACAGUCCCAAGCAUGAGCCUCUUGCCCUGGAGGGAGAGGCCCCACGAUUAGGCAGCAUCAGGCACAAAUGAAAUUCUUGCAGCCAUUGAAGCUGAGGUA